AUGGAUUCUAAUAUAUUUAAAAAAUAAUCAGUUCAUCAUUUUAUAGUAGAUUCCGAAUCAGGCCCAUAUAAAACAAUAUAAGAAGCAAUAAAUGCAGCAGAACCUGGAAGCGUAAUAAAAAUAGCUCCAGGUUUAUAUAAUGAUAAUAUAUAUAUUAAUAAAGCAGAUUUAACUUUAGAACCAAAAGAAAAAUAAGGAGAUAUAAUAUUAGUUGUAUAAAAUAACCCAGCAAUAUUAGUAGAUUUAGAACCUGGAUAAUCAUGCAAAGUAUGUUCAAUGAAAUUAAGUCAUAGUGGUAAUAGUGAAGAUGUGUAAGAAUUUUUUAUUUUUAUAAAUUUUAAUUAAUAAAAUAAUAAAAGAAAUAAGAUCGAAGAAAUGAUUGAUGAUAAGGAAUUUAAAUUAUAUAUAUUUGGAGCUUUCGGAGGAUAAUAAGAUGCCAUUGCUUAAUAUUAAAAUUUUAAUCCAGAAAAUGAACUUGCAAAUAAAUUUCCGAUAGAAAAAGAUAUGAAUACAAUAGUAUUUGUUUAAGGAGGAACUUUAAAAAUGGAAAAUUGUUUACUUUCAUUAAAGUUAUUUAAAUAUAAAUUUUUGCUUAUUUUUUUUUUUAUACUUUUUUUCCCAAAAUAAAGCUUUAUUGUAAAUAAUAAAAAAAAUAUUUUACCUGCAGUAGUAGUAGCAGAAAGAGGAACAAUUAAUUUUAAUCAUGUAGAAAUAAAAGGAAAUAAUAAUCAUGAAACAAUAGGCAUUUUAGUUAAAAAAGGAAAUGCAAUAAUAGAAUAGUCUAAGGUGUAUGGACAUUUAAUGGGAGGAAUUUUAAUUUGGAGUAAAAAAUAGAAUGAUGUACGAAUUUCGAAUUCUAAAAUAUACAAGAAUACAAAAGUAGGAAUACAUUGUAUUGGUGAAGACGCUUAAGUCAUGAUUGAAGGAAAUAAGAUUGAAAAUAAUAAUGGACCAGGAGUUCGUAUAGGUAUAGCGAAUAAAAGUUCAAUAGUGAGAAACGAAAUUAAACUAAAUUAAAUAGGGAUAGAGGUAGUUUCAGGAGAUCCGUUCAUAUUUUCAAAUAAAAUAGACAAAAAUUUAACAGAUGGAAUAUAAACAAGUAGUUUUAAUGGAUCAAGAUGUGAUGGAAAAAUAAAAACUAAUCUAAGCAUAUGUGGAAAUAAAGAAAAUGGCAUAAAUUGUAAAGGAAAAAACAAUUAUACUAGAAUAGAAUCAAACUCUUUUAUAGGAUAUAAUAAAAAAGCCGGAAUAAAAGCAGAUGAUGAUUCUCAAAUAUCAAUUUUCAAAAAUAAAAUAACUAAAAAUUUGCAAUAAGGUAUUUUAUUAGUAGAAACAAGCUCUGCUAUGAUAGAAAAAAAUGAAAUUACAGAUAAUAUAAAAGCCAAUAUAGCUUUAGGAGGUAUGAAUUCUCAUAACACAUAUAUUGUAAGAAAUAUCAUUACUGGAGGAAGAUGCGAAGGUAUUUUUAUUGUAGAAGGAGGCGAUUGUUGGGUUAUGCAUAAUACUAUAAGUGAAAAUAAUGAUGGUAUUGUAUGUAUGUCUUCUGUUCCAGAAAUAACAAAAAAUGAAAUUAGUAAAAAUAAAAGCAAUGGUAUUAUGUUAAUAAAAAAUAGUAAACCCACAAUUUUUAAAAAUAUGAUAUCUGACAAUGAUGGAAUUGGGCUUUUUAUAAGAGAUAAAAGUUGUGGAAAAAUUCAUGAUAACAUUAUAAAAAGUAAUGAAAUUGAAUUAGUUAUGGAAAAAAGAAAUUAAGCUUUGUAAAAUAUUAUUACUACUAAUUCUGUUACAGGAGAUAUUCGUGUACCUUAAAUUUUUGAUUGCAAUAUAUUUUGA